ACAGGAAGAAAAGUUGUCUUUGAAACUAAAAAUUGAAACUGACUGAAAACGUUUAAUUUCAUAACACUAAAUUAUAUCAAGCUUUAUCAAGCUGAUGUAUUUUGGAUAUUUGUAUUGUAAUGUAUAUGGAAUGCAGGAACUUUAAGUUGUGUAACAUACACAGUUCUCAAACAUGAAGAAUUAAUCAUACAACGAUUGAAAUGGAAUUUAAGAUUUACACCGUUCCAUUCCCUGCCUACCCAAGGGUACAGUAUGCAUACAAACACUUGGAACCACUUUUACGUCGGUACGAUGAUCUGAACCAUACGAUCCAACUAGAAAAAUGGGAUCUAACUCCAAUCGAGACCCCUUACAGAGAUUACAUCAACAAACAGACGUUCCAGCUAUGUCUACAAUCCUUGGAAGGUGAUCGAGAUAUUGACAUCAGAAAUGUAACAAAACAAAACGAUGUGACUGACUGCAGUAAAGAAAAAUGCGCUAAUAUUAAAGAGCUUGCACGCAAAAGAUGUCUCCGAAAUUCUUUUGUUGUAGUUGUUGCUUCUGAUAUUAAUAAAGACGACAUACCUGCUGACUACAACGUUAAGAUUAUCUGCCCAGUGACAGACACAAAUGACAGCAAUGUUUCAGUGGAGAGUCCAGAUGCAACAAAAAGAGUACAGUACGUUUACAAAGAACAACUUUAUGGUACUGUUAGCACAAUAAUGGAACUCAAUUUAUUCAAAGCACUAGAAGUGAAAAGCUAUUGUGAACGACUGCUCCACAUUUUGGAUGGCGUAUUUAAUUCUGAUGAAGUGCAGGAAAAAGGAAAAUGUGAUAAAAAUGAUGAAAUUCAAAUUUUUAAUGAGGUGUCAUCAUUACAACGAUCGAAGUCAGUGGGAUACGUGAUUUCAAAAGCGGACAACAUUCUAGACUAUCUAAAGCGAUCAAAAUCGGAUAUAGAGAGAAGCCUGAUUGGAUAUACGGAUAAAUGGGAAGUAAAGUCUGAUUACAACCUCAAACAAAGGAAGAAACAAAAGGGAACAGUAAAAGAUAGUUGGAAACAUUUAUCCCAUGAAACAAUUCAGCGAAUAGAGCGUCUCUCAGAUGAAAUGCUAGGAAUGUUUAGCCGCAGUUCUCUCCCAGAAAAUGAAAGGCCACAGUUUAUACAACUUCCGGACAAGCACCUUACUGAACAGUUGAAGGAAGAUCUUAAAAACGAAAGUUCAUCCAUAAGAAGUUGCGGCUACCGCGGUUGCACGCUAGUUAUUUUUGUUGAUAAUGAUUGUGAUACACAUAAUUUAGAAACUUGCCUGAAACACCUAAUGGAAAAACACAAAAUCGCAUCAUUUUCCGUGGAACCGUUGAAUAUCAAAGAAUUUUGUAAGGUGGGGUCAAAAGCUGAAGCAAAAUUUGGUGAUGGCGAAACCAGAAGGAGUGGAACAUUAGGUGGAUUUGGUUAUGCAAAAUCACGCAGUGUCAAUGAAAGUAAAAUCAUCGGGUUAGUGUCUCGACAUGUCGUUACAAUUUGUGACAGUCCUGCAACCUGUGCACUCAUCCAUUCUGAAGGGAAAACAACUGAAGUAUCUGUUGAUAUUGAUAAAUCAUUUGCUGAUAAAAUAAAACCCAAAGAUGUCUUAGAUAUCGCUGCAAUUUCUUUCAAGGAGGAUACAUCCGAAUUCGACACAACAUAUAGAACAUCAGAAAACAAAAGAGCAAAAGGCGUUUUAACAACGUACACCACGGAACAAAUGAAGGGGCUUCCCGUUCAAAUAUGUGGAGCAUGCACACCAUUAGGACGUGGAACUGUUACAAUGUCAAAUAUUGAAGGUGUUAGAGAUAGCUGUAUGGAGGAAAAUUAUAUUUUUGUCGAAGAUAACAUCACUGAAGGAAAGGAAAAGGAGGUUUUCUGUAAUGCAUCUGAUAGUGGCGCAAUAGUUUGUACAGACGAUCAAGAUAAUCCAGAUAACGUACAGUUACUUUCAAUGGUAGUUGGGAAGUACACUGGUAGGGAAAACAUUAAAAAGGAAGGCGUAUAUGCAACACUGAAACUAAAAGAAGGAAUCAAGCAAGUUGAAGAAGAAACCAAUUCCUCCAUUGAAUUUUUGUAACUGAACAUCAGCAUGAGAACUAAUAUCCGAAGAAACUAUAUGAGAAUAAUGUUUACUGAUUGUUAGAAUUUAGAAAAAGAAAAUAUGAGAAAAUUGUGCUUAUUAUUUGCUUGUAGAACUUGAAUACAGAAAAUAUGAGAUAAUGAAUUUAGAUUUUCGAUAUAGAAAAUAUGAGAGGAUGGUGUUUAUUGCUUGUUUUUUUCACAAAACAUGUUCCUUUUUUAUGUUUUCCAGUCACAAUUUGAAUAUUAAGACUCGUGAAUGUAAUGGGAGAUAACAAACAACGAACGUGAAAUCUUAACAUUAUCAGUACUUCAUUCCUUGGUAAUAGACUGAGCCGAGCCCCAACAGCUGUUGACAUGAAUAACAUUUGUGACUCCUCUUUUCAGAAAUGAUGAUAAACUUGACGACAUAAUUGUUGUGUGCACAUGUUUGUGGUGUUUUUGGUUUCUUUUAAUUCGCUUUUACAAUUUGGGUGCCAGUAUAUUCACCCUUAAGACAUGGUGCCUGCUUUUAAAAUUUUACUUUAUAUAUCUUGUUUGUGAUAUGCAAGCUUCAUGACCUCUGAUCCCCUUUCAAAAUUCUAUUUUGUUUAGUUUCGCCUUUUAUCGAUUUGUUUGUUGUAAGAUUUUAAAUUUUAUUUAUUUGUAUUUUACAUAUUAAGAAGUUGAUUCAGAUCAUAAUGUUAUUCAACUGUCUAACAGCCUUACACACCUAUUUUUCAAAUAUCUUUAUUCACUUAAGACAUGAACGAACCGUGACAUUAUCAGAUGCAAAGGUUGCCUGUAGAGAGAUUCGAUGCAGCAGAUAUAUAUUGUAUUUUAGACAUAAUAUAAGUAACACUGCAUAGCCUACCGACAUUAAAUAUGAAACAUUAAGACUUACACGUGUUCAUUAAAAUUUGCUCUAGUUUAAAGUACAGCUUACAUUAAGUGUUAUCAUUUUUGUAUUAUUUAUUAUUUUUGAAUAUAUACAAUUCUAAUGUAAAUAAUAUUGCAUAUUAAUUAAGAUGUGGAAUCACAUUUAUUAUAUCCCUUUUACUGUGAUGCAAGUUUAAUCUGCUAGUACUGUGCUACCUAUAUUGACCGCCUCCGUGGUCGAGGGGUUAGAGUCGAUGACUUCUAAUCCGGUUACCUCUCUGGCGUGUGUUCGAUCCCCGGGAGAUGCUUUGGUAGUUUAGCGCGGAGGAAGGUAGUCUAGUACUGGUGUAACUCUCCAGGAACGAUGGUUAGGAAACUACCCGCCUAUAUGACUGAAAUACUGUUAGAAAAAGGCGUAAAAUGAAACAAACAAACAAACAAGCUACCUAUAUUGAAUAACUAACGCUCAUGUUUCUUACUUUCCUGUGUUCUUUAUAAAAUAUUUGGUAUAUAAAAACCUUUACAUGAUAAGAACUCAUGCAAGUACACCAAACUUGUGAAAACUUGAAGCAUUUUUAAAGGGACUCCACUGAGGUUUAAAGCCUAAAAACUUAACAUUUGAAUUUCUUACAUAAAUGAGCUAUGGCACUUUAAACAGAAUUAUAUACAAGAUAGUUAAGAAAUAUACUUUUAAAUAAAUUGAAAAUCGUAUUUUUAGGCUUUUGUUAGCCCGAUUUCGGUGAAAAGCGUUUAAACGCUUUUCAUUUUGAGUCACUUUUUACAAUUUGAAAAAUUAUUCUGGAAAAACGAAGAGCGCAAAUGAUCUGAAAUUUUGCACAAGAUUAGUGGUCUAAACCUACAUCAAAUUGAACAUUUAUCUGAAAAAAAUAUAUUCAGUCCCAUCAUGUCAAAAAACUUCAGUGGAGUCCCUUUAAGGUUCUUUUUUUUGACAGAACAGAACCUUAUUAUUUCAAACGAGUAAAUAGACGUAUGAGAGAACGGAAUAAAUGGAAAUGUCAAUUACAUGACAUGUGUUUGUGUGCAAACAGUAUUACAAAGCGAUAUUUUGUAGUCAUUUAAAAUUUUCUGUUCUAUUAGUUGAUUAUCAAUGUUCAUAUAGCAACCAAUCAUCUCAAUUUUUAUUUAUCAUGCUAUAAGUUGUAUAUAUAAUAUAUAUAACGGGAUGUUAUCAUUAUAAAAAAAGAAUAUUCAUAUAAUUAAUCAAAAUGAAAUGGUCUGUAAAAAGUAAAUUGAUACGCACAUUGUUUUCUCGUUUAGUUCACGUGGGAACCAGGAACCGCUUUUAUGGAAUGAUACGAACGUGUCAGCUUGAAGGUUACAUGAUAAACGCCUUAUGAACGCAUCUGCGGAUGUUUCUAAACGCAAAAUUUCACCAUUUUCAUGUUUAAAUAAUGAAUUCUGCUGAAGCCGAUGCUAGGGGCGUGGACGGUAACUUGCACUGUCUAGUAUCGUCCAUGAACACACUCCUGUAUUUUACUUGACUGUAUUCUUUUAUUAUUCUUUUAUUCCAAUAUUUUAUAAAUGAAAAAAAAAACUUACAAGAUAAAAUCAUAAACAAGUACAUCAAAACUUGUGAAAACUUAAAGUAUUUCUUUUGGUUACUCUUAAAAAAGGACUUUAUUACCAUUAGCAAUAAAUAGACAAAUAAGAUUACGGAAUAAAUGCAACAUUUCAAAUACAUGACAUGUGUUGUGUGCAAACAGUUUAAUAAAGCGGUAUUGUUUAGUCAUUUAAAAUGUUCUGUUCUAUCAGUUAAUUCAAUAUGGAUAUAGCAAUCAAUGAUCUCAAUAUUUUAUUCAUCAUUCUUUUUGGAAAAGUAAUUAGUUAUAUGUAUAUAGGGAUGUAAUCAUUUUUAUCAACAACGGAAUAUACACAUGAUUUCUUUAGAUAAAAUGAUAUGUAAAAAGGAAAUUGUUGCGCCCAUUGUUUUCUCGCUUAUUUCACAUACUUUUUAACGCGGUGACCUUUAACCGUUUUAUUUUAUGAAAUGACACGAACAUGUAAGCGAUAACCACCUUAUAAACACAUCUGAUUUUAUUUAUACUACAUGCAAUCAUUAAGCCAUCAAUAAUAUUGUUCAGUUUUAAUAUGAAAAACACACAGUUCAGUAUUUGUGUGAUAAAACCUUUGUGCUUUGACAUUGAGCAGAAUAAUAUACAUAUAUUGCUGUUUUGUGCCUUUUUUAGGGCUGUUAAUGUGCCUGCAUGUUCUAUUUUUAUAUUUUAUAAGUUUUUUCAAAAAAAAUUUAAGUGUUGUUGUUGGAUAUUUUACUUGUUGUUGAUGAAUUUAUAUUUUUUUUUGUAUUUUUGUUUCUUUUGCAUGUCUUAAUUUACAGAAUCAAGCUUUUAUUAUCCGGAUCUAUGAUUUUGUUUUGACAAAUAAUUUCUAUAUUUGUGAUUCUACCUUUGUGACAAUCAAUAAUGUAACAUGAUAACAUAAUAUUUAUUAUAGAUAUAUUGAGUCAUUUGUUUUUACCUUUUUUAAAAUGGGUCUUUUUGUAUGUUUUUUUAUCUUGUGUGUGUGUGCGCACGUGUGUGUGUGUGUGUGUGUGUGUGUGUGUGUGCGUGUGUGCGUGCGUGUGCGUGUAUUCUGUUUUAGUUAUUUUUGUAUCGAUUGUUUGUUGUUGGAUUUUGAAUUUUAUUCAUUUGUAUUUUACGUCCCUUAGGAUGCAAGUUUUAAUUGCAAAUACUGUGAUACCUAUAUUGGCUAAUACUGUAAUACCUAUAUUGGCUAAUACUGUGAUACCUAUAUUGGCUAAUACUUUGAAACACAUAUUGGCUAAUACUGUGAUACCUAUAUUGGCUAAUACUGUAAUACCUAUAUUGGCUAAUACUGUGAUAUUAUUUUUUUUGAUUUGUAUCAGAAAUCUCAUUCUGUUCUUGUUUUAUAUCAGAUACAUCAUUCUCUAUUUGUUUUUAUUAGAUAUCAUUCUAUAGUUGCUUUUAUCAGAAAUAUCAUUUUCCAGUUGUUUUGUAUCAGAAAUAUCAUUAUCUAUUUGUUUGUAUCGGCCAUGUCAUUGUCAAUUUUUCAUUGAAAUUUUGUUCUGUAUCACAAAUAUUAUUCUCCUUUUCUGGUAUCAGCAAUUUAUAUUUGUUUCGCAUA